AGCAUGCAACUUCACUGUACGGUAUGUAUAAGAGAGAGAGAGAGAGAAAAAAAAACGGACCAAAAAGCAAAUUAAUUUGUCGACACAUCUCUGCCUUUCCUUCACACUUUCCAAUUCAGUUCAAUUUUCAUUCGAAUUCGUUUUCGUUUUCCGUUCGUUUUGGUUUUUGUUCCUUUCUCACCAGAACAGGACGAACACGUUCGUCCCCAUCGCCGUGUUCUUCGCUCCGCCGCCGCCGCGCCGAUCGAAUCCGCCCGCCGCCGCCGAGUAACCUCCGGAUCCCUACUCCUCCAAGCUUUAAACCUUUAGUCUUGUCCGAUUUGCCCAACGUAUUCCCUUUAUCAGUCGUCCCCUGCUCGCUGCUGCCGAAUUCUAGGGUUUUGGGCAUCAUGGUCUCGUCGGUUUGGGACUGUAAUGCACGAGCAGCGUGUAAUCUCAUAUAGAGGUGUCAUGAGAUGAUUACGGAGGAAUCUAGGGCUUGAGGAGAUGAUUACGGAGAAGCCAAGCUGGAUUCGCCACGAGGGCCUGCAGAUCUUCUCCAUCGACAUCCAGCCCGGCGGCCUCCGCUUCGCCACUGGCGGCGGCGACCAGAAGGUUCGAAUAUGGAGCAUGAAAUCUGUGGAUAAGAAUAAUGCCAACAAUGAUUCCAGCCAAGGGUUGCUAGCUACAAUGCGUGAUCAUUUUGGAUCAGUAAAUUGUGUGAGAUGGGCAAGGCAUGGUCGCUAUCUGGCUUCUGGAUCAGAUGAUCAGGUUAUCCUAAUUCAUGAACGAAAAGCUGGUUCUGGAACAUCUGAGUUUGGUAGUGGGGAACCUCCAGAUGUAGAGAAUUGGAAGGUUGUUAUGACCUUAAGAGGGCAUACUGCAGACGUGGUAGAUCUUAAUUGGUCCCCCGAUGAUUCAACAUUGGCUAGUGGCAGCUUGGAUAAUACUGUUCACAUAUGGAACAUGACCAAUGGUAUGUGCACUGCCGUCUUGAGAGGGCAUUCCAGCUUGGUCAAAGGUGUUACCUGGGAUCCUAUUGGCUCUUUCAUUGCAAGCCAAUCAGAUGAUAAGUCUGUUAUAAUAUGGCGUACAAGCGACUGGAGUCUUGCUCACAAGACAGAAGGCCAUUGGGAAAAAUCUCUUGGUUCAACAUUUUUUAGGCGACUUGCAUGGUCACCUUGUGGCCACUUCAUUACUACGACUCACGGCUUCCAGAAACCUAGGCAUUCAGCCCCUGUGCUUGAAAGAGGCGAGUGGUCUGCUACCUUUGACUUUCUAGGGCAUAACGCACCUAUCGUGGUCGUUAAGUUUAAUAACUCAAUGUUUCGUAAGAAUUUCUCAAAUGGUCAAGACACAAAAGCUGCACCAGCUGGUUGGGCCAAUGGAACAUCAAAGACAUUAUCAAAAGAACAGCUACCAUAUAAUGUUAUUGCUAUUGGAAGUCAGGACAGAACAAUUACUGUUUGGACAACAGCGAGUGCGCGGCCAUUGUUUGUUGCUAAGCAUUUUUUCUCUCAAAGUGUGGUUGAUUUAUCUUGGAGCCCUGAUGGUUAUUCACUUUUUGCAUGUUCCUUGGAUGGAUCUGUUGCCAACUUUCACUUUGAAGCAAAGGAGCUUGGAUACAAGUUAAGUGAUUCUGAACUGGAUGAAUUGAAGAGGAGUAGAUAUGGUGAUGUCAGAGGACGACAAUCAAAUCUGGCUGAAAGCCCUGCACAGUUACUGCUAGAAGAAGCAUCAGCAAAGCAAUCAGCUAGCAAAAAGGGGACUUCCAUUGUCCAGCAAUUUCAAGCACCCCCAAAAGUUUCUUCAGAUGUGCCUAACCCAGCUCCUGUUGUGCAAAGUAAGAAACCUGCUUUGCCUGAAGCUGAGAAGAAAACAUCAGGUCCUACUGCUGAAGAUAUGAAUAAAGUUACUCGGUUAUCUAGUCCAGUGAAGCAGAGGGAAUACCGGCGUCCUGAUGGCCGGAAAAGAAUAAUCCCAGAGGCUGUUGGAUUUCCUUCCAACCAGGAUAACAUACCCAGCCGUUCUCAGAACCAGGUUGUGGAUUUUUCAUCCCUAGAUCAGCGAAUGAAUGGGAUAGGACCAUCUUAUGGUAGUAACAGUAACAGUAACAACUCUGGAGUUAAGGAUCGCUCUGGUGUUACAGCAAGGGCGAACAUUACGGAGAGUCUUGUUAUUCAAAAAGCUUCAGCCAGUGCUGGGAGUGAUGGAAUGUUGAGUGUAGAACGCAUUGGAUCUGUUGUUCCAGGCUCUUUGACCUGCGCCUCACUUUCUAUACAUGUGUUAGAUAAGAAAGACAAUGAGGAUUCCUUGCCAGUCUGCCUUGAAGCAAAGCCUGUAGAACGCGCUGCAGGUGAUAUGAUUGGUGUUGGUGGUGCCUUUUCAACAAAAGAAACUGAGAUAAGGUGUACAAGAGGAACAGAAACUCUUUGGUUGGAUCGCAUAUCUGCAAAGGUUACUGUCUUGGCAGGAAAUGCAAAUUUCUGGGCUGUUGGCUGUGAAGAUGGUUACCUGCAGGUUUACACAAAAUGUGGAAGGCGAGCAAUGCCGGCAAUGAUGAUGGGGUCUGCAGCCAUUUUUAUAGACUGUGACGACUGCUGGAAAUUGCUUCUUGUCACAAGAAGAGGUGUAAUGUACAUAUGGGACCUCUAUAACAGGACCUGCAUUUUGCAGGACUCAUUGGCUUCUUUGGUUGCAUCUCCAGAUGAGUCGUCAGCUAAUCAUGCUGGUGCAGUAAAGGUUAUAUCCGCUAAAUUCUCAAGAUGUGGUUUUCCCUUAGUUGUUCUUGCCAGUCGCCAUACUUUUCUUUUUGACAUGAGCAUGAAGUGCUGGUUAAGGAUUGCCGAUGAUUGUUUUCCAGCAUCAAAUUUUGCUAGCUCAUUUAGUUCCCCCCAAGGUGGAGAGCUAGGCAAGUUGCAGAUUGAUCUAGGCAAGUUCAUGGCUAGAAAGCCUAUAUGGAACAGGGUUACAGAUGAUGGUUUGCAGACACGUGCCCAUUUAGAGACCCAGUUGGCUGCUUCUUUGGCUUUGAAGUCACCACAGGAGUAUCGCCAAUGCCUUCUAUCCUACGUACGGUUUCUGGCAAGAGAGGCAGAUGAAUCUCGUUUACGUGAGGUUUGUGAGAACUUCCUAGGUCCUCCGAUGGGUAUGCUUGGAUCUGCAUCAUCUAUGGAUUCCAAAAAUCCAUCGUGGGAUCCUGAUGUUCUCGGGAUGAAGAAGCACAAACUUCUCAGGGAAGACAUACUUCCAUCGAUGGCAUCGAACCGGAAAGUCCAGCGGCUGCUCAACGAGUUUAUGGAUCUCCUAUCAGAGUAUGAAGCUGCUAAGAGCAAAGUUGACCCAAUGGAUGUCACACGGGCGCCACAACCAGCAGCAAGUCAAUGACAACGUGGUCACCUCGUAGCUGCUCCAGUCUGGUUGCUGGGGACUUACUGACCUCUCGGUAAGUAUGAUAGGAUAGCAAUCUUGAUAAGUCCUUAUAUGAACCAAUCAAUUAGUUGUGCUUGUAACUGGUAGAUUGUUUAGCGAGGGAGGCGACCUCAGGCAAACACUGAUUUUGAACCCAUUAGCUGUAACGCUGUGUAACAGUAGAAAAAGGAAGCUGAGGUCGCCUGGCUGGUGAUUAUUUUGUAACAGUAAAAAAUGUAGAAGGUCGGAUAAACUCAUGCCCUUUUUGUUCCCAAGCAAUGUUGGUCUUUGAUGGUUCAGUAUGCAGUGC